UUGUCCCAAUCACAAAGGUUACAGGAUCAUAUAAAUGGGCAUUUUGGUUUGCAGCAUUUCUCUCUAUAUUUUCGUUGUUAACCAACCUCACGUACGUUCUUUUGAUGAAAAUCAAACACAAGAGGAUAAAAACCAAAGAAUUAUUGAAGUUAAAACAAAAGAAACAUUUUGAUCCUAAAAUAUUAUUGAUUCUUCCUGCUAUUUAUUGGAUCAUUGUUUCACUUGAAAUUGUAUUGGAUAGUGUGUGGACUUCAUUUUUAACCCUUAAUACGGAAUUAAUAAAAAUUCGAUGGAACCUUACGGAUGAAAUCGCGGCUUACAAUUCUAGUAUUUCUCAAUUAUUCCCAAUCCUUCUUUCACCUUUUCUUGGAUACUUAUUAGAUCGUUUCGGAAAUCGUUCCUUGACCUUGAUUGUAUCCGCAGUAUUUCUCAUCAUAUCAAUAUGUCUCCUUGGAUUCACAUUAGUAUUUACUCCGAUAAUUGGAAUGGCUUUUUUUUCAAUAUCACUUUCAUUAGGACAAGUAGCAUCAUUGACAUCAAUAUUAAUACUAAUACCUUUAGAUUAUAUUGGUACCGCAUUAGGGAUAUAUAAAUCAAGUUCAAAUAUUGGAUUAACAAGUUAUGAUAUAAUUGCAGGAUUAUUACAAGAUAUGGACAAAGGCAACUACGAUAUGGUAAUGAUAUUUUAUGUGAUCAGUAGUAUAAUAGCUAUAAUAGUAACUAUCAGCUUAUUCUUUGUGUCAAAAAAUUGGUGUGAUGGUGUAAUGGAUAUGAAGAAGAAUGAAAGGAAAGAUUAUUAUGAGAAAAAUCCUCUUAGACUUGAUGAAAAACGCGGAGUAAUGAAUUACAUCUUUAUUAGUUGUUUUAUUUGUACAAAUGGAAAACGAAUGGAUAGCGUUUGGUAUAGUUCGAAGUCUUCAGAUCCAGUAAAAUGGAAUGCAGGAUUUAUUCCAAAAUUUGAGCAUGGUGUUAGAGCGACAGGUAAACUUUUGUAA